UAUCUUUCUAUAAGGACUGAACACGUUUCCACCAGUCUGCUUACGAAAAGGAAGCGCGUGUUCAACUCCGGUCCCAACCGGCACCAUGAUGUGCUUCUUUCUCUCUUUGUUUUCUCAAAUCUUCCAGUCAGGCUGGACAGGUGUGAACGAGCGCACCUUUAUUGCUAUAAAACCAGACGCCGUGCAGCGGAAACUGGUGGGCGAAAUCGUGCAGCGCUUUGAGAGGAAAGGCUUCAAACUGGUGGCACUCAAACUUGUGCAGGCAUCAGAGGAUCUUCUUCUGGACCACUAUUGGGAUCUGAGGAACAAGCCUUUCUUCAAUGGACUGAUCCACUACAUGAGGUCUGGUCCAGUUGUUGCCAUGGUGUGGCAGGGUCUCGAUGUGGUCAAGACCGCCCGCAAGAUGUUGGGUGAGACCAACCCAGCUGAGUCUCUGCCUGGGACCAUUCGUGGAGACUACUGCGUGGAUGUGGGAAGGAACGUGAUCCACGGCAGCGAUUCUGUUCCGAGCGCCCAGAAGGAAAUCUUCUUGUGGUUCAGGGAGCGUGAGCUCCAGCUGUGGGAGUGCAACCGCACACCCUGGAUCUACUGAGGACAAAAACGCCACUGCUGCGUUUCAGCUUCAUCGUCACGCUUUGGCCUCAGUCGCUUGUUCCGAUGUCUCACAAAUGCUAUAAAGUUUAAUUAUUGUCUAAUAUUCCGUUUGAACUAUUGGAAUGUACUUCCCCUUUAUAGCUUGUGCAUUUUUGCUGUCAGGCAUACUUUAGUGACCUGGUUUGCAACAAAUAAGAUGUGCGCACUGCGUUUUAGUUGUGUCAGUUGUCACUACUGAGCUUGCUGUCUUUAGUGCACCAGGAAACUAAGAAAAGGAAAAGUAAGAAUGUCAAGGAAAGAUUGGGAACGGCUUAUUCAAAUAGGAACAGUGAUACUAUAAGCCAAUGUUUGCCUUUGAUUGUCAUAAUUUAGUGCUUUACUGUAUGUCUAAAAUGUCCAUUGCUGAAUAAGCAGAUUGUCUUUUUAAAUGUAAAUGCAUCUAUUUUUCUUCUUUUUUUUUGACAUACAACAUUCAGGACACUUUAGUUUUGUUCAUGAUGAUACAUGAUUGGUUUGUAUUGCAAAUGCUAAAAUCCAAUAUUUCUUCACUCAUCUGAUGCAUUUGUGUGCGUGAGAUGCAUACACACACACACACAUAUUUAUCAGCACACACGUUUAAUAUUUUAUAAUCCACACAGAGAUCAAUGCAUGAAUUUCCAUGUUGACCAAAGAGGAUGGGCUUUACAGUGACCCUGUACACACAGUGACAACAAUCCACCUUGUGCUUUAUGUCACCUAAAGCACCACAAUAACCUCGGACCUUUCACCAGGGGUACUCCCAACUGUUUCUAUCAAUAAAUAUCUCUUUAAAGGUGA